GCCGAGAGGGUUGGUACAACAUGGGCGGUUAAUAUACUUUUUUUUUUGGAAGGGUACCGUCUAGAGAGGGUCAACAUGACGGGCCGUAAAUUCGCUAAGGAGAAGAAACGGCAUCGCUCCCGCCUGUGCGGCCCGGAGGAGGGAGGGGGCAGCGAGAGGAAGCGGCGGAGUACCGACUCGCUGCACGGCCGUCAGGAGGAAACAAAAUGUACUGUGCAAGUGUCAGAAAAGGAGGAGGUGGCAGAAGAGCCCAGUGACAUAGAAGAAGGUGGAUUAGAUCUUAGUGUACAGCUGAAGCCAGUUAGUUUCUACAUCACAGACAAGAAAGAAAUGCUUCAACAGUGCUUUUGUAUCAUAGGGGAAAAGAAACUGCAGAAAAUGCUGCCUGAUGUUUUAAAGAAUUGUUCCGUAGAAGAAAUCAAAAGUCUUUGUCUUGAACAGUUGGAACUCAUGUCUGAGAAGAAAUUAUUGAAAAUUCUUGAAGGUGAGAAUGGGGCUGAUUCAGACAGUGAUGAAGAGGCCAAUACUAGUGAAGAGAAGACUGCUAUUGAAUCAAUAAGUCAACAAGACAAUAGCAUAGAUUCUACUUCUUCUUUGAAGGAAGAUAACAAAGUGGAGGGGUUGGACCCAAAACAAGGCAAAGGAGAAGACAGCGAUGUUCUCAGCAUCAAUGCAGAUGCCUAUGACAGUGAUAUCGAAGGCCCGUGCCAUGAAGAAGAGAACCCCACUGUGCCUGAAAGGACUGUCAGAAGCGGAGAUGGUCAGAUAGAUGACCUUCAGAAGGACAUUGAGAAAAGUGUGAAUGAGAUCCUGGGGCUUGCAGAAUCCUCGCCAAAGGAGACUAAGGCAGCAGCACUAGCAGUUCCUCCAACAGAUGAUGUUCACCCAUCAGCACAGCAGCUGGAGCUGCUGGAGCUCGAGAUGCGAGCCAGGGCUAUUAAGGCCCUCAUGAAAGCUGGAGAUGUAAAAAAAUAGCCUCUGGGCAAUUUCAUUUGCAAGAUGUCUAUAUUUAUUUUGAUGGGUGUGAUGUCAGCCCCCUUCAGUGCUAAAAUGUAUUUGGACUGAAUUUGACAUUCCUUGUUCAAACACUUUGAGUAUCCUGACCCUUGGCUGAAACAGUUGACAGCACUUUGUCACUGCCAUCAGUAAACUUCCUCCGUGGCUUACUUAGAUUGUCUGGUUAACACUGUUUGACUCGGUUGGUUACUUUUUCUUCGUGCUAGCUUACUUCUGGAUGUGAAUUGUGAAAUGAUGACAACAUGCCUCUCUGGCUAAAUCUUGGUGCCUUACAGUAGAAUUUCAAGAACAGCAUGGGGCGUUUACCAUGCCAGCUCUUUCUGUAUGUCUUUCUAAGCCUUUGGGCAACUUCGCCUAGGAGAUCAAGUGUAGAGAGAAGGGGGUGGAGGCACUGCCUGUGAAAAAUGGAGAGGUAUAGAGCAUGUAAAUUGAGAAAGCACUCUGGAAUGCCUUAUACCACAAGAGCAGACGCUGGAACUGAGUCACUCCAUUGGUACAGCAUCUAAGCAAGUUAGAAGUGGUGUAUACUGCCUCUGACUGGGAUAGUCCUAGGAAAAGGGCUAAGAUUGAAACAUUAGUCCCAGUGGCUGGGCCUCCUAAAGGGUUUGACCCCCUGGCUGCCGCUUGACCUUGUUGCAUAUGACACUGUCCAUGGGCACUCAUAAUCUGUGUAGUUUGCACUUAAACUUGUUUCUUGUCUUCCUUAGUUAGCAACUUCUGUAAGUUGAUGUGUUCAUGUCUGAUACCACUUCCUUUAGAAAGAACCUUUGAUUGUUUGGGAGCACUUACCUGUGAGUCUGUGGAUGCCCAGCUUCUGAAUUAAAUGAUUAAAAAUAACCGAGUUUCUGCUUUGGAAGACUGAAAUGUGUGCUUAAGUUGUGGAAUGAAUAUGGCUAUGGAUUAUUUUUAAAUUCAAUACUGGGAAGAUACAGAAGCACCUGAUUCAUUUCUGUGGUUGAUUAUUUCCUUCCAGACUGUUGUUUCAUCAAUUGUAGUGUUUUCUAUCUUCUUUUUAAAAAUACAAAAGGAGAUAUUUGUAUCCAUUUGGAAUAGCUGAAUUUAUUUUUCACACCAUCGUGUAAUAUGUUGCAGACCAUGAAAUGUCAGCAUUCUGAUGUUUUAUAAAAGCCUCCUUAC